UCAUUCCGGGGUCUCAUAGGCCCAGAUCAUGACGGCAGUGAUCAGCCAGUCGUCAUCUUCUGUUGGGGGAGGAGGCCAUCAAGGUUGCUCUGGUUUCGCCACCUCCUCACCCCUUGCGGCGAGGGCGUCGUCAUCAGGCGACCCAGACCGUGCUUUGUUUUCGGUCCACAACGACGCGGGACGCGUUGGUGAGAGAGGGGGCGUGAACAAAUCCC